CGGCGGCGGCGGCGGCGGCUGCGGGCAGCGCGCUGGGCGCACGGCACUGGGCGAUCGCCGUCGGGGCUCGGGCGGUGGGCAGUGGGCGCAGGCUCCCCGGUGCCCGCCCCUCCGCUGCGGAGGGGGGGGGCGCGAGCGGGCGGCCGGGGAGGGGCCGGCACCGCCGCCGCAAAAUGAGCCUGCUGUCGGCCAUCGACACGAGCGCCGCUUCGGUGUACCAGCCCGCCCAGCUGCUCAACUGGGUCUACCUGUCGCUGCAGGACACGCACCAGGCGAGUGCCUUCGAUGCCUUCCGGCCGGAGCCGCCCGCCGGCGCCGCGCCCCCUGAGCUGGCCUUCGGGAAGGGCCGCCCGGAGCAGCUGGGCUCGCCCCUGCACUCCAGCUAUCUCAACAGCUUCUUCCAGCUGCAGCGCGGAGAGGCUCUGAGCAGCAGUGUGUACAAGAGCGCCUCGCCCUAUGGCUCCCUCAACAACAUCGCCGAUGGCCUCAGCUCCCUCACCGAGCACUUCUCUGACCUGACCCUCACCUCUGAGACCCGCAAGCCCAGCAAGCGGCCCCCACCCAACUACCUGUGUCACCUGUGCUUCAACAAAGGACACUACAUCAAGGACUGCCCCCAGGCACGCCCCAAAGGCGAGGGUCUGACCCCGUACCAGGGCAAGAAGCGCUGUUUCGGCGAGUAUAAGUGCCCCAAGUGCAAGAGAAAAUGGAUGAGCGGGAACUCCUGGGCCAACAUGGGGCAGGAGUGCAUCAAGUGCCACAUCAACGUGUACCCGCACAAGCAGAGACCCCUGGAGAAGCCCGAUGGCCUGGACGUGUCCGACCAGAGCAAGGAGCACCCCCAGCACCUCUGUGAGAAGUGCAAGGUGCUGGGCUACUACUGCCGCCGAGUGCAAUGAGCCGCCGCCAGCCCGCUGCGCCCACAGCCGCCUUCCUGCCAGCCAGAGACCACGCCCCCCUCCCCGUGUCUCUCCGUGCUGCGUGCGUGGGGGCGGAGCCUCGCAGCCUUACCGGCCUAGGCAGGGGGCGUCUUAGGUUCUUGUCUCGCGUGUGUUGACAAACAGUGUUACUGACAUAGCUGCCCCCACAGAAAGCCGGGUCUCUGGGACUCUCUACAGGUGGGCCUGGGGUCAGUGCAGAAGGGGCAAGGGUGAGCGGAGGUCAGUACACAGGACCCCAUAAAGCCCUGGGUGUCCCCUGCAGGGUCCCUUCCUCUGAGACUCCCUUUGGGCUGAGCAGCCUUGCAUUGGCCACAAGUGCACUAAAUUUACUGUGAAUCCCAAAGCCUGCAGGGGACUGUCUCCCCAGGACUACCCAGGCCUCCUUCUCUACCCAGAACCUUCCAGUCUGCCCUGAGUGCAAAGCCACUCAGAGAGCCCUACUUUUCUGUCCUGUUUGUGUCAGCAAUCCUGGCUAGCUGACACCGGUUCUAGCAGCUGCUGGGGAGUGGGCAUCUCUGCCCCCUGCCCACCAUGAGCCCCAAAACCGACUGCCUCUGACAUCAUUAGCAUUGCAUACCCUAGACCCAGAGGUCAGGGACAGGGAGGCACUGAAUGUUGGACAGCGUUCCACGGUGUGACCUGGGGCAUAUCAGACAAUGCCUCCCCUGCCCCCCACCACACGUGUUUUCCACUUGGGAUUGGAUUUUGUGCUUGGAUUUUGUCAGGCCCAUUCUCUACCCUUUUCCUUCACCUCCCCCCAACACUAGGGGCCACCCCCUGAUCGAGGCUGAAGGGCCCAGUGGGGAAGGCACUCUGGCAGGACAGACGCAGGCCUGGUGUCCUGGAGACCUGGGUUCAAAUGCUGGCCCUGCUGCUGACACACUACGUAGCCUUGGGAAGAACUUCUCAUCUCCGGCCCUCAGUUUCCCCACUAGUUAAGUGAGAGAGUGACUCCAGAGAGCAGAGGCCCGUUUCAGUGCUGGGAUUCACAUGGAGCCUUAUUUGGAGAGGCCGUCCAAGUCCCAGACUGCACACCGCCACCCAUCAGUCACUUAGGUGAGAAUUGAGGGGCGCCAGUCUUCUCGUCACCCCCUGUCACCCCCGCCCCGCCUGAGGUCCCCCAUCCCUGCAAAAAUGAGGGAGAAGGAUCCCUGUCACACUUGGCAACCCCAAUGUAAGCUACAGAACUUCUCAUUUAUAAAAUGGGGACAGUGAUUUCCUACCUCCCAAGGGAGCAGGGAGGCCUCUGGGCAAGUCACGUUGGUCAGAACGCUGUCCUGGCUGGUGGGAGGGAUCACGCUCCCCUCUCUUCUCUCUCCCCCCGGUGAGAAGUCCUAAUUUUGUUGUCCCAUCAUCCUUCCUUUCUCCCAGGGAGAGGGAGAGAGCCAUCUGUCAGGACUGGGUCACUUGAUUUUGCCCCAACAUCAUGCCUCUGUGGGAAAAAAAAAAAAAAAUCAGACCAUGAAAUGGGCCUGAAAUUCAGUGUUUACCGUGGCUCAAGGUCACCCAACGGGUGCCCAAUCGCCUUUUGUUUUCAAAUGAAAAUGCUGUGUACGACUGAGGAGUUACAGUGAAGUGUUAACCAGGGGUCCAGGGAGCACGUUGAAGAGACGGAGUGAGUGUAUUUGCAGCCAGGGGGGCUGCAGGGUAGAUAUCAGGGGGCCAUGCCCUCUGAGCACUUAACAAGAGUGUGUUAGUUCCAGCCCGAGCCCUGUAGCCGCCUCCCUGCCGCCCACAGGGGCAGAAUGCCCAGGAACCGACUGUGAACACCCUCCCCUUCCACUGGGAAUGCCACUGAGGGAUCCCUCCCAGCUGUCUCCUGUCUUCUCCAUGAUGUCAAGGUGAGCUGGAGUCAUCCUGGCCCAAGGCUCUCUGUCCCCAGGGAGAAGCUGUUGCUGUCAGUCAUUCUAGAGCACUGCUGAAGGUAGUGUCCGCGGUGGUGGGCAGUGAGCUCGUCUCUGCUGUGAGGACCGGGACCCAGCCCUUCCGGGGACCUGGCCCCAGAGGGGGACCCUGGCCCUAGGACGCCCGGAGCCUGCCGACUGUCCCACAGUGGUGGGGAAGGCCCACACCCUAAAAAGAACCCAGGCUCCAGACCGCUGGAGUCCACGGGCCUGCCACGGGCCAGUAGGAAAUGGGAUAUCACCCCAAAGUGACCUUUCCAGUGGGCUUAUCCAGCUGGCAGUCACUGCCCCUGCCUUCUAUGCAGAGCUGGCUGGCGUGGGGGCCGGGCCCUCCUGCCCCAAAGCAGCCUCUCUGUGUACCCCCUGCUCCUGCACGGCUCUGGCUGAACUGGGGAGCUCUCUAUGGGCGGCAGAAGCCACUGUUGUCGAGGCCGGGUACUGCGAGGACGAAGUGCUCAGAGGGCCUGGGAGCCCAGGAGACAAGAAAGCGUGUGGUUUGUACGUUCAAAAGGGACAAUCGCUGGCAGUUAGUAGAUCUAGUGAUCUAGUUGAGCGAGAACAGUGUUUAACCCGUAUGAAGUAUUCGAUAGCUCUACUUGUGAAUUUGUAUUUAUUUUGAGUUAUACUUGACACGAUUCCUUUUUUUUUUUUUAAAGAAAAAUACUAUGUGUGUAUUUUGAAAAGAAAAUUCAUAGAUGUUAAAAUUUUUUCUGGUUACCAAUUUUUUCUCACAACACUGAAUUUGUUACCUUCUCCCGAAAAAUCUCGACAGUGAUUUUUGUCUGUAUAUAUUUGAGGGGCCUUUUUUUAAAAAAAAAAAAAAAAGAAAAGAAAAAAGAAAAAAUAUAAUUGCUUGAUCUUUGAGAUUAAAAAAAAACAAAAAAGAGAGGCAUUUUCAAACCUUUGGAGAUUUCAGGAGGGCAGUAGAAUAUCAAACGAAGAUUUCUGGAAGUAUUUUGCAAACCUUUCUGGUUGAGCUGCAAGAAAAUAUUUAUGGUGAUAACUUUUCUCUUUUUUCCUGUUGGUUUUUUGUUUCGUUUUGUUUUUGGUUUGAUUUUUUUUUUUUUUUACUAUGCUUUGAUCUGUAAAAAGUAUGCAACUGAACUACAUUAAGAAGGAAAUAUUGUCUACAUAGAAUAUUAUAUGAAGUUGGUACAUAAUUCUGAUGAGGAAAAAAAAUCUUUGCAAUUCUUUAAGCCAUAUUGUUGUUAUUCUGUGUUGUUUUCCUUGGAUGAAAAUAUCAGUAUUAAGUAGCCAAGCAUAUUAUCCAAGUGCUUAGACUUAUUAAUAUGUUCGUGUCCUGUAUUUAUACGUAUGUGUAUUUUGGAAAGUAUUGCUUUUUUUUAAGGGAAGCUAUUAUGAGGUAACAUAGCCGAAAAGGGAAUAGUGACCCCUUUGAGCCUCUUCAGCUGAGGAUAACAAACACAGCAUUGUAAUCCAUUCUCUUGCACCUUCUUAUUAUUAUCUUGUUACUAUGGUUAUUAACUUUGUAGGGGGGCAGGGAGUGGGCCAGGGGAAGAGGGGCGUAUCAGUAUUACAGAGCCAGCAUAUUAUCACUAACCGGCCCCUCCAUGAUUGGCCAGAGCCGAAGAUGGCCUCCUUGGCCUGGUGGAGGGCUCGGGUCAGCAGGGCCCAGCAGGGAAGACGAAGCAGGAGGCAGACUUCUUUGGACGCCCCUCUUUGGAGUUUUGCCGUCUGAGCCACGCCUCUGGGCCCUAUGCUCUUUGAACUUGGAUUUGUCAGCCGGAGCCCUUACACCUGCCCUCCAACAUCUAAUAGACUUGAAUCUACUCUAAAUGAAUAUUUAAUCCAACAUCACUACAUUGUAGCCCAGUGCAACAACUAACCCUGAAGUUUGGGAGGCGUUCCGGCCUUCAGGGAGGUGGCUGAGCCGUCCCCCAGGGGCUGGUGGCAGAAGGGCUCAUCACUGUCUGUUGCCAGCCUCGCCGUUGGACCUCCUCCACUCCCGUGUGGUGACCCUGUCCGUGUCUGUAUCUGUUAAUAUGUGUGUGUCCAGCUAAAGAGACAAACAGAACCCGUGGGCCCAGCUCGGAGGGUGUGUGGAGAAGGCUCCCGGCCUCUCUGAAGGGCUGCCCUCGGGAUGGCAUUCCGUUGUGUGCCUUAUUCCUGGAAAAUCUGUAUACAGCUUGCCUAUAGCAAUAUAGCCUUUUCGUGCUGUAUUAAAAGAACUUUUAAAAGCGA